AUGCACCUACGUGGUAUUCCCUUUUUCUACUACCUCAUUUCUCAACUAAUCUCUUCGUUCUCCUCUACUCUGGCACAAAAGACAUAUCACUACGGGGUUACAGGAAGGGAAAUCAGGCAUGAACCUUCCUCCCGUUUGGCCAGAUACCAAUCGACGUCAGUAUCUAUGAAUCCACUGGAAGACAAUCUCCGUGUACAACAGAUUCUCAAGAAGCUAGAAGAUCCGGGCGGAGUUGAAAUCCGUCGGAAGUCUUCAUCUCGUCAUUUACAUGGAGUUAUCAGUGAACCAUUCGGAAAACCAUUGGUACUAAGUGGAGGAUUGAGUAAUAAUGAGAAGGCGGGAGGAGGAGUUAACAAACAGAAAAAGAGAAGUCAGGUUUCAAGGAGGAGAGAGAAGUCGCCGGAGGUGAACCAAUUCGAAAUGGAUCUCGCCCGCCAAAUCGAGGAAGACCAGCUGAAAUUCGUGGAAGACGAGAAGAACCCAAUGAAAUACGUCGUGGAGAACGGUCUUCUCUUCAAACAAUCCAGAUUUUCUCCGUUGGCAAGAGUGGAAAUCCCACAGAUUGCAGUGCCACAAGUGCAACCACCGAAAAAGAGGAAACGGAAGGAGAGAAAGUUGAGGAAGAACAAGAUAAAGUCGAUAUCAUCUGGUGGGAAUGGAGGAAUUGGUGGAGGGAGUGUAUUCAGGACAAAUGUGUUUCGAGGAAAUAUCAAUCGACAGAUUCCAGCUAUUCCGUUGCCAUCGCCCUACUCAGCAGCCUACGGUAAACCAUCAUUUGCCAUCGCAAGGGAGGAAGAUGGAAGUUGUUAUACCAAUCGAUUUGGAUACCGCUGCUGUGAUGAAGCUCUAGAAUCUCUAAUCCUAAAAAGUUACGAAAAACUACGUCGACGUUCGGAUAGUUUAGAAGAAAACCUUGCCAAAAUUGCAUCAACAUUAAGAAGAGAUAGUCGACAAGUAUUCGCCAGAAACUUCGAAGCCAUCGUCUCCACAUCAAACUUCGGUUCCUCUAUUCCAUCAGAUUUCUCCUGUAAAGUUGAACUCGGUCCGUCUCGUUUCAUUGCUCAAGUAUUUGUACCAGAGUUGGGUCUUGACGCGAAGACUACAGUAAGACGACAUAGGAUACCGUAUCACGAGUUGUCGAGAGAGGAUUUGAGUGAUUCGACAGAGUUAGUGGUGUCGAGGAAUGGGAUUAUUGUUUCACAAGUCUUGUAA